CCGUGCGAGGAAGUUGCAAUGAAACAGGUACAACCUAGAACCUACUAAAACCAGUCAUCAAAUAACUCGACAACUCCUUAUAUAAAAUAAAUCCAUCCAAAAUAUAACAACUGCUCCUUCUAACGCUAUCGCGUUUAUCAUAGUGGAAAAUCAAACUUUUAAUUCAUCAUAUCACAUCAUAUCAAGGGGAUUUCGUUCGUUGAAAUUGCAAGUGAUUUAAGGGUUUUAUAUCGAUGCAAUGAUAAAAUAGGACCCUUCUCUCAGAUUCAGUGUUACUUCAAGCUGAAUCAAACUUGUAACUCUUCAAUAAUAUAAGGAAAGUAUUAGCUAUGGAGCUGGUAGCCAUAUUUGUGGGAAUUUGUGGUCUUUUAAACUAUUUAAGUGGGGUGGCCAGCCUUGAUGAGAGAAAAAGAAUUCUCAAGGGUGAAACUGAAUCCCUAAGUGCUAGGAUGCUUGACCUUUAUAGAGAAAUCUCUUCCUCUCAGGUUCAACGAAGCAAGAAGCGAAAGCGAAAUGAUGACCUCAGCCAUUGGAUGGAUGAGGGUCAGAAGCUUGUGGAGGGAGCUCGAGGCUUGUUAAGCCAAUUUGGAAGAUGGAGGUGCUUCCUUGCGGGUCCCAAGAUAAGAUGGGAUGUUUGCAAAUUGAUUUAUGCUAUGAAAGUCCAUGACAAAAAGGGUGAUGUGCUCCUUCAACAGGCCUUGUCUGAUGCCCGUGGUCCAUGUCAUGGCAAUCAUAUACCAGCCAAACAAUUAGUUGGAAAAGUUGCUUCUAAGACUUUGAACCGUCUUAAGAUUCUAUUGAAAGGUGACAAGGUUGGAAGGAUUGCUAUCCAUGGUCCAAGAGGAUGUGGUAAGACCCUUUUGAUGAAGCACUUGCACAACUAUGCGCUAGACAUGUUUGAUAAUGUUUUUUGGGUCCAUUUCCCAUCUGAGUUCACCAUUAAGAGUGUGCAAGAUGUUUUUGCUGCAGUGUUUAACUGUGAUAUCUCUAGAGAUGAUGAUUUGACUAUAAGGUCUGUAAAGUUGUCACAUACACUUGCAAGUCUUGGCAGAUUUGCACUUUUCUUAGAUGGUGUACCAGAAGCUGGUUUGUCUCUGGAACAUUUAGGAAUUCCAGUCCCCGCAGAGGGCAGUGGAUGCAAGCUGGUAUUAAGUACUGGCUCUAAUUUGGUGUGUAGAAUGUUGGAUGGUCUUUUAAUAGUCAACAUUGGGCGUCUUCCAAGUGAAGAAGCAUACCAAUUGUUCAGGCAUGAAGCAAGGAUUGACAAGGGUUCAAGAUCAUCUCUUGAUGACAUGCCUAGGCUACUUGCAGACUCAUGUUGCGGAGUGCCACAAGAGAUUGUACACUUGGCUACUUUUAUGUGUGGCAAAGAUGACCCCCGUGAAUGGAGAUAUGUACUAUCUCAAUCAGGAUAUCUUAGGACAGAAAACAAAUUUCCACUAAUUCCAGAAGUUGAGCAUGAAAGUAAAAGGCUGAAGAAGGAUAUGAAUCUCUCCCGUGCCCCUGUAGGGAAAGAUUGAAAAAUCUCCUUUAGCUCACAGGGCCAGGUUAACAAGGAAUUGAAUUUGAAUCUGCAACUUCUUCAGAUAAGGUAACUGAGAAUUUCAUUUGGUCAGAAGGCAAGAGUUUGACAUUAACUGAAUCACUUGUGUUGGGCUGUCCCUUAUUUCGGGAACCAUGUUUGAUAAUGUUGUGAACUAGGUACUCAGGAAGCUCAGCAUCAAGAGAAUAACUUGAUUUCUCUCGUAAAUCCCCUCUUUUGAUAAUCAGGGAUGUUGUUAUGGUAAGCUUUAACCACGGCAGGAGAAUAACCUCUGAGGGAGGUCAUCAGGGAAGUAUAUUUGAUUAAUGAGGCUUUUCCUUGCCUUAUAUUUUAAUGGUUUAGAUUUCCUCAUGUUUUUGGUGUCAAAUCUGAGUUCUUCAUUCUUUUGAUGCAAUGUAAAUUAAUUUUUCUGUCAUCAGGAAAUUGAGCAUUCUAUGUUUUCAGUUCUCAGGAGAUUAUUAUUACAUUAUUCCUUGUCUGGAAUUAACAUGGAAGAAGGGCAGAAAAAAAAUUUCGAAGUAUUCAUCAUCCUUCCCUCUUAAUUAACCAAAUCCUUUCGGAGUUGGAAAUAUUUGGAAGAAAUACCUAAAUGCCUUGACUGAAAAGGUAAAAAAGUGGUCUUGUGAUCUGCUACAUGAAUCUCAAUUGACUUCACCUGCACUAAGUUGUUCCCAUCUAUUUCUUCUUCUUUGCCAUAAAAGGUGACUUGGUUUCAAUCAACGUUUAAAGCUGUUGAGAAUAUGUCCUUUUCAUGUUACUGUAAGUUUAUAGCCAUUUCGUGUUUUGAUUCUUGUUCUGUUCUAGUGUUCUGUUCUGUUUUGUUCCCCUCUUUCCUUUAAUAUUCGAACUUCAGAAUACAAUUCGGGAUCAUCCAAAAUAUAUCCUGUGCUUAAUAUCGCUGCUCACAUUUUUCGAUUUAAACCAGUUUAUCGCUUCAGAUACGAACAAAGAUACAGCAUACCUUGCUGGUUUGCAGUUCUAUGGCUUCUUGGGUAUCAUGUUUCCAACACUAUUUUCUGCACUGAGUAAUUAUUGCAGUUAGACUUACAGGAGUAUGUCGGCUUUUGCCAGAGGACAUCAGCUUAAUUACUUUCUGUGUGUAGUGGGCUACGGGAAGAUCAUAUCUCAUUACUGUUACAUGAAUCUCAAUUGUAUAUACUUCACUUCUUGGCUGCAGUAUAAGUUUAUCUAUGUAUAAGUUCACGGUUCCUCACUUCCUCUGCUAAUGCAGAUGUAAAAUGAUGUACGAUGCUGAUGCUAGUUGAAACUUGAAACAGAAGAAGCAUAUUUGUAACUCUUGAAGAGUAAAUUUAAAUUUUGUUUUCUUAAA